AUGGACAAAAUACAAUUGGUUAAAUAUAUAAUAGCAUUUUUAAUUAUUAUGCUUUCGCUGAUUGGUUUAAAUGCAAACAUGUUUUCCUGGCGUACUAAGAAAUUUUACAUCAACUACUUUUUGGUGGCAUGGUGCAUAACAAUAAUAAUACUCUUCACCUUGAUCUAUAUACGCCGUUUGUAUAACGAAGUUGUAUCGGAGGAAUUGGAUUUAAAGAAUGCUGUAACUUUGUAUUAUUAUAUGAAUAUAUUUGGUGCCGCUACCAAUUUUCUAUCACAAUUGUGGAACACCAAAGCUGCUGCUCAUUUCUUUAACACAGCGAAAUUAUUUGAUACCUUGGAAUAUUUUGAUGUGGAUGUUGAAGUUAUACAUUCUUCAGUACUACUAGUGACCUUGAAAACUAUUAUUUUUCCAAUUAUCAUAGAAAUUACUUUGAUUUUAAGACAACUGCGUAAUGAUUAUGAAGAAAGAAGUCUUUUGUGGACAAUUUAUACCUUAUAUCCUUUGGUUAUAGCCAAUAUUAUACCGAAUUGUUUAUUUGGUAUUUUUGUGGUAUGUAGACAAUUAACCUUGGCCUUAAAUCGUCAUUUGAAAGAGUUGGAGAAAGAGGCAAAUUUUUUACAAAAUAUGGAUCAGAUUCUAUUGCAUAAACCUUUCUAUCGCAUGCAAAAGUUUUGCAAUUUAGCCGAUAAAUUGGAUGAAUUGGCGGAAAAAUAUUCGCUAAUUUGUGCUCAGACCUUGAGGUAUAUGAAUAUGUGUUCAACACCUUUAAUGGCUUCUUUGUUGUGUAAUCUCUUUGGUAUAACGGCUGGUUUCUUUCGCCAGUAUUACGCUUUGGCGGAUACUUUAAUCAAUGAAGAAAGUUAUGAUGUUUUUAAUGCCAUUACGAAUGGUGUUUUUUUGAUAAUAUCCUUUUUGGAAAUAGCUUUGCAUAGUCUGGUGGCUGAUCAGAGUAUUGAGGCGGUAAGAGAGGAUGAAGAGUAAAAUUGUAUUUCACAUUUUUUGUUUGUAAAAUUGCUAAAAUCAUGAACAGUUUGAAAAUGCAAAUAUUAAAAUUUUAAUUUUUUCAUUAGAGUAAAAAUAUAACCGAUUAUGGCGAUUAUGGCUUUAUCGCUAUAAAAUAACAAACUUGAAAAAGUUGAUGUUUUAGUCAAAAGCAUUUUUAUGGUAAAAAAUCGAGAAAAAUAGUUUUUUUAAGAGAAUUUCUAUGAAUAUAUUUCUUUUUUGGAAAACCCUGUUUUCAAAUUAUUAAAAAAUCUCUA